AGCCUAUGGUAUAUUUGCACAGCCCACGCAGGGUCCCUUUGUUUGCUACCCGGUAAAAUGAGUUUUGUGCUGCAAAAAAAUAGAAAAUAAACACAAAUUUGCAAUUGCUGCUCGCCCCGAGUGAAAAAUAGCGAUCACCAGCGUGUGUCGAAUAAAAGGAGCUCCGGAGGAAGCGUAGGAAGUGAAUAUAACCGACCUUCAUCGAUUUUUUUCUGCGCUGCACAGGCCGCUGCUGCCACAUUAACACAGCGCCCCCAAGCCCAAGCCGAGCCUAAAAAACGAAAUAAACAGAAUGUCGCGCCACCCCAGCGAUAGAAAGGUGUACGUCGGCGACCUGGGCAACAAUGCCCGCAAGAAUGACUUGGAGUACGUGUUCGGGGCGUACGGCAGUCUGCGCAGUGUCUGGAUCGCACGCAACCCACCGGGCUUUGCAUUCGUAGAGUUCGAAAGCGCCCGGGACGCUGCGGACGCCGUGCGCGGAUUAGACGGCCGGACAGUGUGCGGACGCCGAGCUCGUGUGGAGCUAUCCACUGGCAAAUAUGCCAGAUCCGGUGGUGGAGGCGGUGGUGGGGGCGGCGGCGGAGGAGGAGGACGCGACCGCGGUGGUGGUGGUGGCGGCGGCCGUGGCGACGAUAAGUGCUACGAGUGUGGAGGCCGUGGCCAUUUCGCCCGCCACUGCCGCGAGCGGAAGGCAAGGCAGCGACGCAGAAGCAACUCGUUCAGCAGAUCUCGUAGCACAUCCCGGCGCCGGCGCACUCGUUCUAAGUCCGGCACUCGCUCCCGCAGCCGCUCUGCCGCCUCGGUGGGCCGCCGAUCCGGUCGCUCAAAUGGACGCGAUGAGAAUGGAUCUUCUGUGCCGCGUUACAGUGAUCAUGAGCGCAAUGGCAGCGGUGCCGUGGACUCGCCGCCGCCUCCAAAACGGCGCUAUGAUGACGAUGACGAUGACCGAGUGAGGGGAUCACGAUCGCGUUCCCGAUCACGAUCGGCGUCGCCGGCAGUGCGUCGCGGAUCACCGCCACCCAGGCGUCGCGGUGACUCGUCCGCUUCACGGUCCGUAUCCAGGGACUAGCGACACCGGACGGAUGCAGACAGGGCCUGGCGCACGACGACAACGACGACGAAGAAGAGGGCCUGAACCUGCUGCAACCCCUGAUGAAUCGGCGAAGUGGGGCGACAACUGGACUUACCCUCAUUCCCAGACCCAGACCUCACAAUGUAACAAGACAGACAGACUCCCCAAAAAUAAUUUUUUCAUGCAGUAUCCAUCUCUAGGGUUUACAUAGUUGUCCAGAACCAUAUUAGUUAAGGGUCUUAAUUUAUAGUGGAACUCGCGAGUAUGCAUAUUUUAGGUAUUUCUCUGUUCCAACAACACCAAGAAUAGGCACAUACAGAACAAAAAGAGCGCUUUGGAGGGUCCUUGACUUUGACGGAAAGAGAGUUAAACAUGGAUCGGCAGCCGCGGAUUAUCUCAGAUUCUCGAUCUAGUCAAGAUUUUGCUAAUUGUAAAUUUUUUGCUUUGGAUUUUCAUUGCUUACACCUGGAAUAAUAUACUCGAACUUGUGCAGGAAUCAACAAAGCAUCGCCACCAUUUUAUGUCAAUUCUACACAUUAACACACACCCAACCAAUACAACUCACAAUACACUCGAUAUUUCUUCGACUCCAAAACUGUAUGAUGAGUGUUUCAAUAUUCAUAAUAAUUAAGUCUUGAAACUGCAUAAUUAUUAUAUUCGUACAUUGAUGUCGUAGUUAAGUAUUAAAAAUUACAUAUGUAUGGAUUCUUAA